AGGAAAAGAAAUAUGGCGGCCCGCUGGAGCAGUGAGAAUGUGGUGGUGGAGUUCAGAGAUGCACAGGCCACCGCCAUGUCAGUGGAUUGUCUGGGUCGCCAUGCUGUACUGUCAGGGCGACGGUUCCUCUACAUCGUGAACUUGGAGAUUCCCUCGGAGCCCCCACGGAAGAUUGGGCGACAGAGCAAAUGGGACGUGGGCACUGUGCAGUGGAAUCCACAUAAAACGGAGGCACAUCUGUUUGCUGCGUCGAGUAACCAGCGUGUGGACCUCUAUGUCUGGCGAGAUGGAUGUGGGGAGGCUCAUACCUCUCUGCAGGGGCACACACGUGUCAUUAGUGACCUGGACUGGUCAUGGUUUGAGCCUGAGUUUAUUGUGACAAGCUCGGUAGACACAUACAUCUACAUCUGGGAUACAAGAGACACUCGGAAGCCAACGGUGGCCUUAUCUGCAGUGGCUGGGGCAUCCCAAGUGAAAUGGAACCGGCGGAAUCCAAACUGCCUUGCUUCUAGCCAUGAUGGAGAUGUAAGAAUUUGGGAUAAAAGGAAACCCAACACUGCAAUGGAGUACGUUGCAGCUCACUUGUCAAAGAUUCAUGGUCUGGACUGGCACCCAGACAAUGAGUAUAUCUUGGCGACAUCAAGCCAGGACAACUCUGUGCGGUUCUGGGACUAUAGACAGCCUCGCAAGUACCUCAACAUCCUGUCUUGCCAAGUACCUGUGUGGAAGGCAAGAUAUACGCCCUUCUCUAACGGGCUGGUAACGGUCAUGGUGCCCCAGCUGCGCCGAGAGAACAGCCUGCUCCUGUGGAGCACAUUAGAUCUCAACAGCCCCGUGCACGCUUUCGUGGGCCACGACGACGUGGUGCUGGAGUUCCAGUGGAGACCGCAAAAAGAGGGUUCCAAAGACUAUCAGCUAGUCACAUGGUCCAGAGACCAGACUUUGCGGAUAUGGCGCGUGGAUCCUCAGCUACAGAAGCUGUGUGCCAAUGACAUUGUGGAGGAGCUUGUGGAGGGCAUGACCCUGAGCGCUGAGUCCGAGAAGACUUUGCCCUCCCAGGACUCGGAGCCCCCGCUGAGCCCAGGCCUCUCCUCAGAGGAUCUCCAAGACCAGCAGGAGGGGCUGCAGGCUGCGCUGAUGGGCAGCGGGCGGCAGGACGCUCCUGGUCUGCCCCAGACCCUGCAGCAGGAGUUCUCACUGGUCAACCUCCAGAUUCGCAACGUCAACGUUGAGAUGGAUGCUGUGAAUCGGAGUUGUUUCGUGUCGGCACAUUGUGGUGCCAACCGGGUACGGUUGGUGGUAAAGUUCCCGGCUCAGUACCCCAACAAUGCAGCACCCACCUUCCAGUUUGUCGCCCCAACCAACAUCUCAUCUUCCAUGAAGAUUAAGAUCCUCAAGAUUAUGACAGACACAUCGCUGCAGAAAGUCAAAAGGAACCAGAACUGUCUAGAACCAUGUGUCAGACAGUUAGUGUCCUGCUUGGAGUCAGACAUGGAGGAUGGCACUGCAGCUAACCCCUACGUGCUGUCGAACCCAGUCACGCCCGCCCUGCCUGCCUUCCCGCGCGUCACCAACACCUACGGCUCCUACCAGGACGCCAACAUCCCCUUCCCACGCACCUCUGGGGCUCGCUUUUGUGGAACCGGUUCCCUGGUGUACUUCACCCGUCCAACUACUAUGCACCGCUCAGUCCCGCCCACUGAACCAACUCCCAGGUCUCUGUCUGCUCUCUCAGCCUACCACAGUGGGGUGCUGACCCCCAUGAAGAUGCGCACGGAGUCCCAGAGUACUCUCCGGCUGUACAGCGGCAGCCCCACUCGCACCGACAAAGAGCAAGUCUCCAUCUCCUCUUUCUACUACAAGGAGCGGAAGCCUCCUCAGUCCAUUCUUCGCCGCUGGUCUGUGCAGGCUAUUCAUGACUGUCCGAAAUCGCGCCGCUGGAAAAGCAAGCGUGAAGGCAGUGACUAUGGAAACAGGCCUAUCAAGCCAGCGGGCAAGGUCAUCAUCCAGGAGAUCUCCUGCCUGCUGCCCGUCCACAAAGCCCUGGGGGAGACCUACGUUCUGAAUGUGAAUGACAUCCAGGACACGUGUCAGAAGAACGCAGCAGCUGCGCUGACGGUGGGGAGAAGAGACUUGGCCAAGGUGUGGGCCUUGGCCUCGGCGGCCACCAGUGUGGACCUCAGCCCAGAUUCGGACCCAGAUGCUGACACGCCCUGGGCCAGACACCCCUUUGGACGCCACCUGCUGGAGACAUUGCUGGACCACUACAGUCAGAUGAGUGAUGUACAGAGCCUGGCCAUGCUGUGCAGCGUGUUCCAGGCACAGGGCAGCCCUCAGGACUACUUCACUCUGUAUGGACACCACAUGGUCCCGCGCUCUGCCAUGUUUGCCCCCCACCAUUCACGCUACCCCAGCUAUACCUCCAGUUCGGUCACAUCUGGCUCCUGCUCCAGUACCUCAGACUCCACCACCAUUCCCUGGAACAUUGUUGGGCGAGACCCUGAGCACGCACCACCAUGGGGAGAAUCAUCCCCAGAUGAUUAUCGCUAUGCCAACCAGGUGUACAGUGACCCACGCGAAAGGGAGAAAGAACAGCAUGACAUGAAUAAGAGGCUUCUCGAUCCAGCCAAUGCAUUGCAGUUUGAUGACUUUAAGAAGUGCUAUGGUGAAAUCCUGCAUCGGUGGGGUCUGAAGGAGAAAAGGUCAGAGGUCCUCAAGUUUGUGUCCUGUCCACCAGAGCCACACAAGGGCAUCGAGUUUGGUGUGUACUGCUGUCACUGUCGCAGCCAGGCCCGAGGCACCCAGUGUGCGGUUUGCAAGCGCUUCACCUUCCAGUGCGCCAUCUGCCAUGUAGCGGUGCGCGGCUCGUCCAACUUCUGCCUCAGCUGUGGGCACGGGGGCCACACCAGCCACAUGAUGGAGUGGUUCCGCGUCCAGGAGGUGUGCCCUACGGGCUGUGGGUGCCACUGCCUGCUGCAGAGCACCUUUUGAGGACCCCCUCCCCCUGCCACCCCUGAAGGUGCUCGCUCACUGCCCAGACAAAUGCCGACCAAGCACCAACACCAACAAUUGUAUCAGUGCACGGUGUCAGUCUGAGUUUGACAUGUCCCGUCAGGUAACAAAAGCCUGUUUUGUUUGUACUGUCUGGGUAGGGUGGAACUGGCCGUUGGUUUUCUGAACAUUUUAAAGACUGCAGCCAACUGCUGCCAACUUUAGAAUGUUGGGGUCAGUUGGACAUUGUCUGGGCAGUGUGCAAGGACCUUUACACAACACAGCUUAGUCUCUUCCUCAUUAGAGGCUGUUGAUCACAUGUGGAAAAAAGACUACGGAGAUGAGUGAAUGUUGGACUGGCCACACAGAGUGUAGUGUUUGUGCGACUGAACAACACAGCUACACUGCUUGAUGAAGAUAUAUGUUAUUUGGAAGAAGAUGGCAUCCCAUGUUGUGAUCUUGACUAUUUGCGACCUCAAAGGCCUAUUUAAUGUAUAUUGUGAAUUCAUGGUUCUCCAUGGUGCCAAGAUUUUUAUUUAUGUAAUGAUUGGCAUUGAUCUAGUGCCUAAAAUGUGUAUUUAACUAUACUUAAUGCCUGUUAUGGCAGAUUGUAACAGAGUUUUAAAAUCUUUCUCCUUUUGUGACUAAACCUUUUAAGAAUCAGUGCCCUAUGUCAGGGGUUUCUUGAAUCUUCACAUUUUGAUGAAGGAUUGCCCAGGCCAGCACAUACAUACUGUGUGUCAAAAGACGAUUAAAAAAGUGUUCAAAUGUG